UUGCCGUACUGACGUCACACCCAAACAAGAAGCAGUUUGCUGAUCAUUAGCAGAGAAGUUUCCAUGGUUCAAACUGGGUUUUUAUCGUAGCCGUUUCUGUCCACAAUGUCUCAAGAUCCGUGGUUACAGAAUUAUGAUGCCACAUGUCGCCUGGCGCAAGAAAUAGCAGAGAACAUCCAUGAGCGGAACAGGCAACAGAGAACCGGGGGGAACCCUGCAAAGAUCAAUAUGACCCUUCGUGCGUCGCUGCAGAAACUGAAGCAGAACAUUGCCCAGCUCAGAGAGAGUUUGCUGCGAUCAUCAUCAUCUCGACGCAUAAUGCAGUCAGAGGCUGAUAGGAGGCAGAACUUAAUCGAUGACUUGGUCACCAGGGAGAAGCACCUCAAUGCCACCUUCAGGGGCGAUAUCACAGAGCCUGAUCCUUCAAGGUCAACACUGAUGGAUAGAGGAGCGGGAGCAAGUGGAGGUGGGACGACUAACCCCUGGCUGAUCAAUGAAUCUGAGGAGACCAAGGGUCUGAGUUUCGGAGAGAUCAAACAGCAACAGCAGCGCAUCAUUGAAGCCCAGGAUGCUGGUUUGGACGCACUAGCAGAAGUCAUCAGCCGGCAGAAGACAAUGGGCCAGGAAAUUGGCAACGAGCUUGAUCAACAUAAUGAAAUCAUUGAUGACCUGGCACAUCUGGUGGACAAGACGGAUGACCGUAUCCGUAAUGAGACACGAAGGGUGAAGCUGGUGGAAACCAAGUCUGCCUCCUGUGGGAUGAUGGUGGUGAUUGUGCUGCUGCUAAUAGCCAUUGUAGUGGUUGCCGUGUGGCCUGUGUAGCUGACAGCGAGGACAGCGGGAUGAUCGUGGAGCUGUGCCGCUCAAAUUCCAGAGAAAAUCUUUGGGAGAACACUGGACCUUGCACACACACACACACACACACACACACACACACACACACACACACAAAACCUUUGUAACCUUUGUACAGACACUCUCUCCACCCUCUGUCCCUUCUCUUUAUAUUUCUUUCCUGUUGCUCUCCAGACAAAAACAAUGGAAGUAUCACUGUGCUUGAGUAGGGCAAGGGGAAUGAAGAAGAGCCUUGCGUCCUUUAAGCAGCCAGGGGCCGCACAGCGUUUCUCUAGUAAGGUGUUGAUUGGGUAAACGGCACCAACGGCACCCCCCGCCCAGGAUAUAAUAUAUUUAUUUUAUUUUUUCUUUUGUAAUGAUAUGUGCUCAGUUGAGCUUGUCUUAAAAAUAAUGUCCACUUUAGCAACUGUUCAAGUGUCUAGCUAGGUAAUUCCAAUGCAUCUUAAGCAGGUUAAGAACUUGAAGAUUUAUAAGCGUUUUGAAAUAUAUUUUCAGAUCUAGUGUUGAUCCAACAGAAGGACCUCCCGCAGCUAGGAGUUUUCCUUUCAUAAGUCUGUCUGUGGUCUAGCCUGAGGUUGGGACUGGGUACAGUAAUUCCGCUAGCUUUGCAAUCCUCACGCUCUCUCAUAUUUACCCUUGCAUUACUGUAGCUGCUGUAAUGUUAUCAUUUGUCUUGGGAUUUUAUAAUGUUUAUAGAAUAGCACUCAGCCAAAACAAACAGCGCGGCUGUGUUACUAACAUGGCUGUUUUCCUUCCUUGUAAAUCAGUGCAGGCUAAUGGAUAUGUUGUAAUUUCUAAUAAAUGACAUUUCCAGUUAAUAGUC